AUGGCGAGUGGAUUCUGGGUAGAGAAAAUGACGGACCGUGCUCGUUUGAUCUCGGCUUUUAUUACUCCCUUUGGGAUCUUUGAGUGGAAUCGGAUGCCCUUCGGCUUGAAGAAUGCGCCCCAGCUCUAUCAACGUAUGAUCGAUAACGUGCUGUAUGGAUUCACUCGGAUCCUGAAAUCUGAAGGCUAUGGAAGUACUUUGGAUGUGUUUGAGGAUGGGGAACCGGUGGGUCCGGGCAAGCCAUCGAUGCUUGGCCGUAGAUCAUACAUCGACGACAUUCUGGUCUCAGCCAAUAACUGGGAUCAACUAUGUGAUCGAGUUGGGGUUUACUCGAAGUGUGUGAUGAGUGGAAUCCGUCGAUCAAGCUUUUGGGGAAUACCUAAAGUGGAAUAUCUCGGUCAUAAGGUCUCCCACAAUUCACUGGAGGCGAAUCCGAAAGUCCUGUCGGUGUUGACUGAUCUAGCAUUUCCAGGAUCACUUAGGGCCAUACAGUCAUUUCUGGGAAGUUUGAACUAUUACAGCCGAUUCAUUGAAGACUAUGUGGUCUAUGCGUCGGUGGAGUAUGUGGAUCAAGGAUCACAGGAAGAUCAAGCGAUCGACCACCAAAACACCUUGGAUCUGGAGGCACAAGAUCUCACUGAAGUGAAUCCGCGUUGGAUCCAUGCGUACCGGUCUUUCAGGGUGCUUAAAUCCAAGAUCACCACUACUCCGAUCUUGCGGCACUUUGAUCCGGAUCGAAGGGCUACGGUUGUGGUGUAUGGCAGUGACUGGACCGUCUCAGGAUCGUUGAUGCAGGAAUAUGACAAGGUCUACUGCCCCGUGAUGUUUGCAAGCCGUACCUUGACGUCAAAAGAGCUGAAUUAUGGCAUCUCGGAGAAGGAUGUAUUGGCCUUGCUGCGGAUCCUAGAUCUCAACUACAAUGCCUUGGUCGGACGUCUGAUCCGUGUGUUGACCCGACAUUCCACUCUGGUGUGGCUUUUCAGAUCCACAGCCUUGCUGUGGCGGUUAGGUCAGUGGCUGUCGCCAUGGACUCUCGAGAUCACCAAGUGCGUCAAGGGCGAAGAUGAGAUCCUGGGAGCAUUGGCGGCGAAUAUCACACCUAGCUCAAAGGUAGAUAAUGCGUUAAUCUCGAUUGUCCCAAAAAAGGAGGCAAAACGUAAACUCCAGGCUCCGAUCCCCACUAUUGGACGCGAUGAGGAUCUAUACGUCGUUAGCUUCGACGUAUCAGCUCGUGUCAAGGGAGGUGGAGGCGCCUACAGGGCGAUCUUGUGGGAGCUGCCUGAAUGGAGGAUCUGGAUACGCCGAAGGUUUGACAACGAACGAGGCGGAAUACCAUGGAUUGUUGCUAUGUUGGAAAAUCUGGAUCCACGACGUCUGGUGAUCUGCGGAGACUCGAACCUGGUGAUCCGACAAGUACGAAGUGAGAUUGAUUGUAAUGGACCGGAUUUGACACUGUUACGUCAGCGGGCUUUGGAUCGACUAUAUACUUGGCCGGAUCACGAGCUGUUCCAUGAUAAAGGGGAUUGGAAUGGGAUCUGGAAAGAGAUCCAGGAUCUAGUGACCUUGAACCGGUUGGUCGAAAUCCUGGCAGUGAAGACCGAAGACGAAAUCGCACAGAUAUCUGCGGUAACGACCUUUUCUAAGGCUAGAUUUGGAGUGCGCAUGGGAUCUGAUCCAGGUUCAUUGCGUGAGAAACUUGGGAGAGAACUGCGGAUCGAGCGGACCUGGCAAGCACAAGAUGAGGAGUCUUGGAUCGCAGGACUGAAGAAGUAUUUGGUUGGGAAGAUCCCAGAUCUGAUACAAGAAAAAGCUAAGGUGUUUGGAUCUUUUACCACGAAUUAUGAAGUGGAUCAGUCCGAUCUACUCUUUUACCACCCGACAACAAAGGAGGCCACUGCGGAUCGAGACAAGCUGAUGCAAUUGGUGGUGCCUGAGACGCUUCAACAAGAUAUUUUUCAUCACUAUCACACGAGUCUGCAGGGUGGCCAUCAAGGAAUAGGUCGACCCUAUGAUUGGAUCCGCGAUCCUUCCCACUGGAGAGGCCUAUAUAAGCGCGUACAGCGAUAUGUGGGAGAAUGUGUCGAUUGCGAAACAGGCAAAGGACGGUCUCGGAUCCCGGGUGAGUCACCUGGUAACCUGCAGGCAACAUACCCGUUCCAGAUCAUUGCCAUGGAUCACAUACCUUCGCUGCCUAGAUCUUGGAAUGGUAACACAGAGUUGCUGAUAUUCGUACAUCUAUUCUCGGGAUAUGUGAUCGCCAAGGCCAACGCCUCUAGAUCUGCGCAGACGAUCGCUGAGACUUACGAAGAAUGCGUCUUCCGCAGAUUUGGUGCGAGCGAGGUGACCUGGCAUGAUCAAGAGCCAGGUUUCAUGUCCGACUUCUUCAAGUCCUUCAUCAAAAUCUUAGAUCAACGGCAACGUGCUACUAUGGCUUAUCGACCCCAAGCCAAUGGAUCCGCAGAGCGUAGAGUCCAGACGACCACCAGAGCUCUUAAAAUGAUUUGGAUCAACGUGAUGGGGAUGAAUAUGCCGAACGGCUACCUUCGCGAUCAACACCGCAAGGGACCGGAUCCGGGCGGUGAUCCCGAUGGGGAGCACUCUCAGGCACGACCGAGAUCCAAGAAGGUGGCGAUAUCGGAUGCAAAAUACGCCCACAUCCUGUGGAGUCUGGAUCAAGAUUUUGGUUGUACUUGGAUCGAGUCGCGUGAAAAAUAUGCUAAGAAACUGGCAUACUUAUGGCAUGGGCCAUUUCGCGUCGCCGAGAAGAUGGGGGAAUAUGCAGUGAGAUCCCGCUUCGCCACAAUGGUGCGCGUCUCGAAGUUCAAAACGGUCAGGAUUUUUCCAGAUCUACCUGCAGCUCGCCUAGAGGAGUCGAGUGCAGAUCGGGUUGAUUUCGAUUAUGCAGUUGGAUUCAAGAUCGAGACCCCGAUGAAUAUGAAGUAG